UGCCGCGCGUCUCGAUCGAGACCCCAAAAGAUCUCGCGGAGACGGGUGUUGCCUAACUCACAAGAUCCGGGUUCUUGCAAGUCUUCGUCGCCUUCCGCGUCACCAAAGACCUCUUCGACGUGGAUGCCUGGGUGAAGUGGCUUCUCGAGGCGCCACCUGAGGCGCGAGAUCUGAUCAAGAUCGAAGGUUUCUAUGGGAGUUUCUCUUCGCUCAUGCUGGUGAGGAUGCCAGUCCAGGUUUGGAGCAUGUUGCCCGAGCCGUCGGCGACUUUGUUCGUGGGGUUCACCACGACGGACAACCAAGCGGUUGGUUUGCAGAGGCAGGUAGAGGAACGACUUGUCUCAACCUCUGGCAGUGCCAAUCAGCGCCCGCACCCGCUCCCUGCGCACAGCCGCCGAAACUAUGCAGACACCUCGGGCAAUUGGUCGAUGACAGAAGUGGGGAAAUCAGCUACUACUUCUUCUCCUUCUUCCUCUUUCAACACUACAAGAAUGGCGAUGGACGCGUCAUUUCGAUCUGCCCGGCAGCCGGGCAGAGGCUACAUGACGAGGAAAGGAGCCCGGUGGAAAAAGCUCUUCUUCCGACGGUGCUGCAUGAAUUGCGAAGUGCUGGUUAGACCUGUCGAUGAUUUCCUCUUAUACUGCUCCGAGUCAUGUCGGGUCAAAGACCAGCCCGCUGCUAGCACUGCAGCAGUUUCAACCGGCCACGCUAGCAGUCAAUAUUUAGGGUCAUCUCUGAAACCCCGGCGAACUCAUUUACUUGGUGGCCUGAGUCAAUGUCACACACAUUCACAGGGCAACGGAAAUGAAGCAUUUGAUGCAGGGAUGUAAGGCUUGAAUUGUCUGAAAAGCUUGACGCACGCAUUCCAACAACCCACGUCGCCGAACCUAUCUAGCCACACGUUAGCCAUCUCUGGCCUUAAAUCUAAAUCCCUCUCCGUCCGGCCUUCGAGCCCCUCACCACCAUCCGGAACCCAGUACCCAACAUUGGGCCAUCCGGCUGGAGAACUCCAGCCAGCCCGAGCCACCCGUAUCCAAAUCACCCAACUGGUUUAUAGUCGUCCACUUACUACGAC